CCCCCCGCUGGCGGCGGCCUCCGCGCGGGCCUCCCAGCCCCUAUUCCACUCACUUUGUUCUGCGCCUUUGUCCUGGUCCACACCAGCAGGUGGAGCCGCAGUUAAAGUUUCUGAGUCCCUUCCCCGAGCGGGAGCCCCUCUUGCUCGCCACCGAGGCCCUCGCUGGAGGAGGAGGGUCAGAGCUCUGGGCAGCCAAUCGCGGGCAACGCUGCUAGUUAUCGGAGCAGAAUGGGCUGUAGUUUAGUGAAAUAGGAAAGCUGCAAAACACUGAGGAGUGCCGCCGUGUAAAUAAAAAGGGGAAAAAAAAAGUUUCUCAAGUCGCCGCUGCACAACGUCGGGCCGCACCGGGGCAGGGGUCUGCGCUCUCCAGCGGCCGCGCGCUGGACUCUGCUGCCGCCAGCCCCGGCCCCAUUGUUUGUGUUUUCUUCAAAAUAUGGCAAAGGUUCAGGUGAACAAUGUAGUGGUGCUGGAUAACCCGUCGCCUUUCUACAACCCGUUCCAGUUUGAGAUCACCUUCGAGUGCAUCGAGGACCUGUCUGAAGACUUGGAAUGGAAAAUUAUCUAUGUGGGCUCUGCAGAAAGUGAAGAGUAUGAUCAAGUUUUAGACUCUGUUUUAGUGGGCCCUGUUCCUGCAGGAAGGCAUAUGUUUGUAUUUCAGGCUGAUGCACCUAAUCCAGGACUCAUUCCAGAUGCAGAUGCUGUAGGUGUAACAGUUGUGCUAAUUACUUGCACCUAUCGGGGUCAAGAAUUUAUUAGAGUUGGCUAUUAUGUAAAUAAUGAAUAUACUGAAACAGAAUUAAGGGAAAAUCCACCAGUAAAGCCAGACUUUUCUAAGCUUCAAAGGAACAUUUUGGCAUCUAAUCCCAGAGUUACAAGAUUCCAUAUUAAUUGGGAAGAUAACACAGAAAAACUGGAAGAUGCAGAGAGCAGUAAUCCAAAUCUACAGUCUCUUCUUUCAACAGAUGCAUUACCUUCAGCGUCAAAGGGAUGGUCCACGUCAGAAAACUCACUCAAUGUAAUGUUAGAAUCCCACAUGGACUGCAUGUGACCACCCGCCAUCCCAUUAGUACAAAUUAAGCUAUUAAAAACAGAACUAUUUCCCUGAAAUUCCGUAAGUACAUAGGACACAAUGUGAAGAAUUUGUUUAAAAACAUCCUGUAGAAAAUUUAUAAGGAAACCAAUAUUUGAGCAAAUUGUGGAAUAUAAAUACAACUAUUUUUAAGUAAUUUUUUCUCUAAUGUGUUAUUUUAUUUGUUCUUGAAACUAAUCUGAUUAAAGCAUAUAUAUUA